AUGGAAGAACUCGAUAGAUUGCAGCAAGCUAUGCAGCUGCUGCACUGGAAACGGCCGGAGUCGGUGCCGUUCCCGAGCGUCCAGACACGCUACGUGGGACGGAGACCCCUGGAAGGAGCCAGUGGCGACUCCCCGCCCACCUACGUCAUCCAGGAGGUGCCCGACGACCGGCAGGAGGAAGCUAUGCGCCUCAUGGCCGACGUCUUCUUACGCGAGGAACCCCUCACUGCAGCGUUUGGCGUAAGAGACGACCCAGAGGCACUCGAGGAGAUACAUUUGAUGUGGCAAGUGCUGCUGUCCCAGCGAGCGAGCGUCUGCGCCGUGCUGGAGCGUCCAGACGGGAGUGCGGGACCGCUGGUCGCCGUCAACAUCCUGAUGGUCAGCACGCCGGGCCCGAACCCCACGCCGCAGAGUGAAAGGCUGCGGCGCGUGGUUAGUGUGGUGAGGAAGUUCGAGGCGCUGGUGAAGCCGGACGUUUUCGAGCGCUUCGGCGUGCCGGAGUACCUGACGUCGGUGGGGCUGGUGGUGGCGCAAGAGCACCGCGGCCAGGCCCUGGCCGAGCAGCUGUUGCGGGCCCGCUGGCCGCUGGGCCGCGCCCUGGGGCUCAGGGCCACCUCCACCAUGUUCACGGCGACGGCGUCGCAGCUGCUGGCGCGCCGCGCCGGCUUCCACACGCUGGCCGAGGCCCGAUACGCCGACCAGGAGGACCCCGCCGUGCGGGCCAUCACCGGCGCCACCGGCAUGAAGAUCAUGGCCGCCGCUCUAGAGUGA